UAGUUGCUCAUUGAGUCCUUCCCUUCGAACCUUUGUUUAACUUUCCCAAUCUUCUUGGUUUGCAUCGUUACCCUUUCCCUUUCCCUUUCACUUUCCUUUUCUUCUUGGCUUGCACCUUAUCAUCUGGUUCAUGGGUUUUCCUUGCGUUGGCAGAAUUGAAGCUCCAAAGCUUCUCAAAGCUCUUCUAAACCUAUUAACUCAAAUCAGAAUCAUUGUUAUGGUGGCACUCUUUCAUCUACGGAUAAUUGAUCCACCUGAUCAAUUAUAUUCCUGGGAAGAUCAAAUCGAUUAUGUCUUGGCAGAGGAUCUCCCAGCUUCAACACAGCUCUCUGCAUCAAAGAAUAUGAGUCGACCUAUAGUGGAGUCAAUCAAGAGAAGUCUUCCAGUAACAGAAUUCGGCAGUUUCAUCGAGAGAUCGGGAUCAUGGGAAGAUGACAUGUUAGUCUGCGCUGUGUGCUUGAGUUGUAUGGAGAGACACCAUGAGAUCAGGGAGCUACCCAAUUGCUCUCAUGUGUUUCAUAGGGAGUGUCUAGAUAGAUGGGUGGAUCAGGGACAGGUGACGUGUCCCUUGUGUAGAUCUAAGCUAUUAGCAACACAAGUAGAGCAGAUAAGGGGUGGAAGAAAUUCAUGGCUGGUAGAAAGAAUUUCUUACUUGUUUGGUGAAGAUUUGUUGAUGGCUAUGGAUUAGUGUGUUUCAGAUCUUAAAACACUAAGUAUUAUUAUAUGGAAUUACACUUUUUUGUAGUUCUGAAUUCUUUCAUGAAUAAAGGGUUGAGACUGCUUUGAUGUUUUA